AUGUCAGGCAUGCACGGGACUCAUGAUUCAUGCCCUUUGGUGAAGAACAUUCUUCUUCUAGACUCUGAAGGAAAGCGUGUAGCUGUCAAGUAUUACUCAGAUGACUGGGCAACGAAUGCAGCCAAGUUAAGUUUUGAAAAGUUUGUAUUCUCCAAGACUUCUAAGACCAAUGCUCGCACAGAAGCUGAGAUCACACUGCUGGACAGUAAUAUUAUUGUCUAUAAGUUCGCCCAGGACCUUCACUUCUUCGUUACUGGAGGUGAAAAUGAAAACGAGCUCAUCUUAUCCUCUGUCCUUCAAGGCUUUUUCGAUGCUGUUGCACUUCUUCUGAGGAACAAUGUGGAAAAGAUGGAAGCCCUUGAGAACUUGGAUCUCAUCUUUCUGUGCCUCGAUGAAAUGGUCGAUCAGGGUGUGAUUCUUGAAACGGACCCGAACGUCAUAGCGGGGAAAGUAGCAAUGCAAAGCUCAGAAGCAAGUGGUUCACUCUCUGAACAGACAUUAACUCAAGCACUAGCAACAGCUCGGGAGCAUCUGGCAAGAACCCUAAUUGCUCUUCUGCUUAACUUUCCUAAAUCCCUCUUCUCCUUCUCUCUCAAGAUGGUGAUGCAGAUCUUUGUUACGGGUCUUACGGGAAAGACCAUAGCCCUCGAAGUCGAAAGCUCAGAUAUCGUUGAUAAAAUCAAGUCGAAGAUCCAGGACAGGGAAGGGUGCUCAGCAGACAGCCAGAUACUGAUAUUUGGCGGGAAGCAGCUUGAGGAUGGUCGCACUCUUGGUGAGUACAAUAUCCAGAAAGGAUCAACCUUGCAGUCGGCUCUCAGGUUGAGAGGAGGUAUGCAGAUAUUCGUCAAGACCCUUACCGGCAAGACCAUAACAUUGGAAGUUGAGAGCUCAGACACCAUUGACAAUGUCAAGGCCAAGAUUCAGGACAAGGAAGGGAUCCCUCCGGACCAGCAGAGGCUCAUCUUUGCCGGUAAGCAGCUCGAGGACGGCCGUACUCUUGCUGAUUACAAUAUUCAGAAGGAGUCAACUCUCCACUUGGUUCUCAGGUUGAGAGGUGGAAUGCAGAUCUUUGUUAAGACUCUUACGGGCAAGACCAUAACCCUUGAGGUUGAGAGCUCAGACACUAUUGAUAACGUCAAGGCCAAGAUUCAGGACAAGGAAGGGAUCCCACCGGACCAGCAGAGGCUCAUCUUUGCCGGGAAGCAGCUCGAAGAUGGUCGCACUCUUGCAGAUUAUAACAUCCAGAAAGAGUCAACACUUCACCUUGUGCUUCGACUGAGAGGUGGGAUGCAGAUAUUUGUCAAGACUUUGACGGGAAAGACCAUCACUCUUGAGGUCGAGAGCUCUGAUACGGUUGACAAUGUGAAGGCCAAGAUUCAGGACAAAGAAGGGAUUGCACCGGAUCAGCAGAGGCUAAUCUUUGCCGGGAAGCAGCUUGAAGAUGGUCGGACUUUAGCUGAUUACAACAUUCAGAAGGAGUCAACUCUUCACCUUGUUCUGCGUCUCCGCGGUGGAAGCUUCUGA